AUGGUAGAGUUGAAGACACAAACCAACGAGGGACAGAAAACUGGAAGAGAGAGAGAAGAAGAGAGGGACUUGCUCAGUGAGUUGCCUGACAAUGUUCUUCUUCACAUUAUCCAUUUCAUGAACACAGAUGCCGCAGUUCGAACCUCUUUCUUAUCGAAAAGAUGGAACAAUCUUUGGAAAUGUCUCACCACUCUCUCUUUCAGACGCCGCCAUUUCAAAAAGCUAGUCAACUACAACCAGUUUGUCUACCACGUUGUCUCCCAUAGAGACACUACCAUUCGUUUGCAUAGUCUUGAUUUAAACGCAUGCAUCUCAGCAAAAGAGCUUCUCAACCUUUUCAUUCCUGUUCUGCAUUCUGUCCCAAAUUUGAGAAUCUCUGUCGGUCACCUAUCUACAAAAUUUGCUUAUUAUUCCAUACCUAUCGUCUUUUCUUCACCCUCUCUCACAUCUCUCACUCUCGUUGUUUCAAACCGUAUUAUCUUGAAACUUCCUCAAUCUCUAGAACUACCUACGCUUAAAACCUUGAGUCUCACUAAUGUCUUCUUCACCGCAAGGGACAGUGAUGAGUGUGCUGAACCCUUUUCAUCCUGUUUUUUGUUGAACAGUUUGGACCUUCUGGGGUGUUCUUUGAGCAACCCUGCCAAAGUCCUCAGCAUAUCAAAUCCCAACCUUUCUCGUUUCACCAUGAAAAGGUCCUUCCAAGUGAAGUACAAGAUUGUGCUUUCUACUCCGAAUCUCACCCAUCUAGCUAUCAGAAGUAGGCUAACCUUUCACGAGGUCUCCUCCACUUGUGAUCUUGCACUUCUUGAAGAAGCCAACAUUGAGAUCACUAUGGGUGCUUCUCAUGCAAUCGUUCUAAAAUUUCUGAAAAUGUUAUCCUAUGCAAAGAUAUUGAUACUCUCUGAGUUUUUCCUUGCAGCAAUUCUAAAGGGUGUGCUAGAAGAUGAUUUGUUUCAACCCCCGCACUUUGAUAGACUACAGACAUUGAAGGUUGAAAACUUGCAAGAAACAGAAGUUUUGAUGAAGUUUGAUUUUGGAUAUAAUGCAAAAAACAAUUGCACUGAAAAAAUCAAUGCACGUUACCGAUGGCCUAAAGUCGUCGCUAAUGCCAUCCAGUUUCGCCUUGCAUUACCGAGGGAUUUUGCCCUUCGAUAA